AUGUCCUCCGAGUGGAAUACGACUCCUGCGGCUGCUGAUAAUCCAAAAGCCGCCAUAGUGAUGCUCGUCUCUCCGUCAAGAAUGACAGAGAUGACAAUGGCUCUAUACAACAUAGAGGACCGAUUUAAUCGGCGUUUGAAGUAUCCUUAUGUUCUGUUCACACCGUAUGACGAGGCGUAUAGCAUUACGGAUGAGAUAAAAGCCAAGGUGGCACAUAUCACUGAGGGAAGAGCAACAUUUGCUGUUAUUGAACAGGAGUAUUGGGACGUACCGGCGUUUUUAGACAAAAAGCGAGUCGACUCAUCUCUGCGUAAUAUUGGGUUCUCGCUUGGAUAUCGCGCGAUGUGUCGAUUCUAUUCUGGGCUCUUCUGGAGACAUCCCGCGACAUCUCGAUAUGAUUGGUUGUGGCGACUGGACUCGGACAUAGAGUUUCAUUGCGACGUACCAUACGACCCAGUCGAACGCUUAAUAUCCGAAAACGCGCUCUACGGUUUCGUACAGGUCACUUACGACGCAAAUUGGGUCCAGGAAUCGCUCGCCUCGAACGUUUCAUUUUUCCUUUCCCAAAAUAAGCAACUGAUUCCCCCAGACGCAAACCUCCCGUUCGCUUGGAAGGGCGACAGUGCUGUUGAGAGUGCUUUGAACGGAGUGGCCGACGGUGGGGAUUCGACCGGCAACACCGUAUAUAACAACUUUGAGAUCUCGCACAGGAGCAUUUGGGAGAGCGAGCUAUACACUUCAUUCUUCGAAUUUUUGGACCUGGCUGGCGGGUUCUUCUACGAGCGAUGGGGAGACGCACCCGUCCAUUCCUACGGACUUGCGAUGUUGCUCAGGAGAGAACAGGCGUACCAGUUUCAUGACUUAGGCUAUCAGCACCAAGGAUGGGAAUAUGAGUGUCCUAACCUCGACCGGUGUGCGUGCCUGAAGGAGGGUGCUGCCCUUGACUUUCGAGAUGAUGGAGCAAAGUGGUUCGAUCCUCAGAGGUAG